AUGUUGCAAUCAUUCACUAUAGAGAUUAUUUUAUCUAUUCUUCUUCUUUCACGCCCUCUCUUCUUCAUAUUACUUCUCUAUUUUCUCGUACUCCAUUCUCUUUCUCCUCCUCUUCUUUUUCUCCUUCUCUUCUUUUUCGUCUCCUCUUUCUCCUCCCUUUCUCUUUCUCCUCCUCUUCUUUGUCGUCUCCUCUUUCUCUUCCCUUUCUCUUUAUCUUCCUCUUCUUUUUCGUAUCCUCUUUCUCCCCCCUUUCUCUUUCUUCUCCUUUUCUUUUUCGUCUCCACUUUCUCCUCCCUUUCUCUUUCUCCUCCGCUUCUUUUUCGUCUCCUCUUUCUCCUUCCUUUCUCUUUCCCUUCCCUUUCUCUUUCUCCCCCUCUUCUUUGUCGUCUCCUCUUUCUCCUCCCUUUCUCUUUAUCUUCCUCUUCUUUUUCGUAUCCUCUUUCUCUUCCCUUUCUCUUUAUCUUCCUCUUCUUUUUCGUCUCCUCUUUCUCCCCCCUUUCUCUUUCUUCUCCUUUUCUUUUUCGUCUCCUCUUUCUCCUCCCUUUCUCUUUCUCCUCCUCUUCUUUUUCGUCUCCUCUUUCUCUUUCUCUUUCUUCUCCCUUUCUUUUUCGUCUCCUCUUUCUCCUCCCUUUCUCUUUCUUCUCCUUUUCUUUUUCGUCUCCUCUUUCUCCUUCCUUUCUCUUUCCAUUCCCUUUCUCUUUCUCCCCUUCUUCUUUGUCGUCUCCUCUUUCUCCUCCCUUUCCCUUUAUCUUCCUCUUCUUUUUCGUCUCCUCUUUCUCCUCCCCUUUCUCUUUCUCGUCUUCUUGCACUCAUUUUCCUCUUUCUUCUCUCCUUCCUCUUUUGUAUUUUCGUGUCUUUUUCUGCUUUUUUAUUGUAGAGUAA